CGGGGUUUGUCGAGGGGGCGGGGCCGGGAGCGGGGCCAAACGGCGGGCAGCGGCCCCGGGCAGCUCAGAGCUGCCGGCAGCGCUAUGGGGCCGUACGCGGUGCUCGCCUUCCUCCUCCUCCUCCUCCCCGUCGUUCUCGCCUUGUAUCGCUGGAUCGGGUCCCGCGGCCCCAACCCCUUCGCCGUCGAUACCCGGCGCCCGCCGGCUCCGCUUAUCACCGAUAAGGCGGUUCGUCGGACAGUGCUGAAAGCAGUUUUCUCUCCAGAAAAAGUCCCGGAGAAGCUCGAUGCCAUCGUCAUCGGCAGCGGCAUCGGAGGGCUGGCGGCGGCUGUGCUGCUGGCCAAGGUGGGCCGGCGGGUGCUGGUGCUGGAGCAGCACGGCAGGCUGGGGGGCUGCUGCCAUGCGUUCAGCGAGAAGGGCUUCGAGUUCGACACCGGGAUCCACUACGUGGGGCAGCUGCACGACGGCUCGCUGUGGCGCUUCCUGGUGGACCAGCUGACGGACGGGCAGCUGGAAUGGGCCCCCAUGCCUCCCACCUUUGACGCUGUGGUGCUGGGAGAGCCUGGCCGUGACAAAGCCAUCCAGCUCUGCACCGGGACCAGGACUUACUUCAACAGGCUGAAGGAGCAGUUCCCCGGUGAGGAAGCUGCCAUCGAUGAGUUCAAGCGGCUCGUGAAGAGUGUCACCACAGGGUUCUGGGUUCUGGGUGUGCUGAAAUUGCUGCCGCUGCCACUGGUACGGCUGCUGAGCCGCUCGGGGCUGCUGUCCCUGCUCAGCCCCUCCUGCCGGAUGACCUCACGCAGCGUUAAGGACGUGGUCGAUGGCCUCACCACCAACGCCAAGCUCAGGGCCGUGUUCAGCUACAUCUUCCCCACCUACGGUGUGCUGCCCUCCAAGGCCAGCUUCUCCCUGCACAGCAUCCUGGUGCAGCACUACCUACGGGGCGCAUGGUACCCCAAGGGCGGUUCGGGGGAGAUUGUCUUCCACACCAUCCCCAUCAUCCAGAAGGCUGGUGGCAACGUGCUGGGCCGGGCGCCGGUGCAGAGCAUCCUGCUGGACUCCCAGGGCAAAGCCUGCGGUGUGAGCGUCAAGAAGGGCCAGGAUGUGGUGAACAUCUUCGCCCCCAUCAUCAUCUCGGAUGCAGGGAUAUUCAACACCUAUGAGCGGCUGCUGCCGCCCGAGGCGCGCGCUUUGCCUGAGAUUCAGUCCCGGCUGCGCAUGGCGACUCACGGCGAAGGCGGCUUCUCCGUAUUCGUGGGGCUCAGAGGCUCCAGCCAGGAGCUGGGGCUCGAAGCCACCAACUACUACAUCUACUCAGAUAACAAUCUGGACCAAAUAAUGUGGCGCUACUACAACAGCUCCCGUGAUGAGGCGGCUGCCAACAUCCCCCUGCUGUUUGUCACCAGCCCGUCUGCCAAAGACCCCACGUGGGAGAUGCGGUACCCAGGUAAAAGCACAUUGUCCAUCAUCACCAUGGCCAAGUAUGAGUGGUUUGAGGAGUGGAAGGACAAGCCGGUCCAUAAGCGGGGAGAUGCUUAUGAGGACGUGAAGAAGACCUUUGUGGACGCCAUCAUGCAGACCGUCUUCAAACUGUACCCCCACAUCGAGGACAAGGUUGAGUACGUCUCGGGGGGGACACCGCUGACCAACCAGCACUACAUCGCCAGCCCCCGCGGGGAGUUCUACGGCAUGGACCACGACAUGGCGCGCACGCAGAUCGAAGCCGUCGCCACUGCGCGGCCGCAGACCGCUGUCCCCAACCUCUACCUGACAGGGCAGGACGUGGCUGUGUGUGGCUUCGCUGGAGCACUGCAGGGAGCUUUCCUCUGCACCAGUGCCAUCCUCAAGCGCAACAUCUACCUGGACGCCAUGCAGCUGCAGAAGCGCGUGCAGGGCUCCAAUGGCAAGAAGAAGAUCUGAGGCCGGGUCCCACCGCCAGGACCCCCUCCCCUCCCUGGUGGCUUGCUUGCAUAGCUUGCUCUGCUCUUCCCUAAUGGCUCUGCGGGAUCAAUGCCAGUCCCGCUCCCAGCUUGGUCCCAUCCCACUGCAGCUCAUCUCACCGCGCCACCACCCACACUGCUGCCUCCUCCCCACUGCCCGUUUGAAGGGAAAAGCCCUUUUCCCAGCACAAGGAAGAGAAGAUCCUGAUCCUGUACAAUCACAGCACCACCCAGCACUGCUGGAUGCCCUCCACUGUCAGAGCCACUUGGGCCCUGGAGGAGCAUCCAACACUUGCCUGGCUGAGGGCAGCGAGUCCCACACCGCUGCUUUUCCCCUUGCAGACACCAGCUUUGGACUGAAUGAAGCUGGGAAAGCUUUUCAUGGUGCCUGCAUCCCCAGGGCAGUAUAGGUUGAGGAAUGAACCCCUCCCUCUGCACACAGAGCCGCCCAGGCGGCAUGGGACCGGUUUUCCAUCAGACCCAUUUACCGUCAGCCCUGCACUAUGCUGGAUGCACAUCUGCUCCCACGCUCUGCACCCAGUGCUGUGUGAGGAAGGAGAGGCUCCAGCCUGCAUGUCCGUGCCAAGGAGCCCUGCUCCAGGCUGAGCUCAGUGGGGCAGUAGAGGAAGCGCUGUUGUGUGCCAGCAUGGAUUGCACUCAGGGUGGAUUGACUUAAGGCGAUGUAAAGCUGUUCAGGAGCAACAGCAGCGCUUCCAGAUGGGAUCUCGCUGUGAAUGUGGCCCUACCAUGCUGUGGAACUGUCGGUUCUGCCCUCAGCUGAUGUCAUGUCUGUCUGUCUGCUGGGAAACAUUUGGGAGUACAACCAAAGCCUUCACCACUGCCCUGGUGCUGGGAAGGGUGAGAAGGCGAGAAAUAAAACAGCCUUGUGAUGGGAA